GGAGAUCGGGUUCACCAUCUCGCGCAUGCGCACUUGGUGUCUACAUCGGCCGGCGCAGGGGACAACGUGCCAAGCAUCGGCCCUUUGAAGAGAGAGACUGCCCUUUUACCUGAGUUAGCCAUGGCCCAGUUUGGGGGACAAAAGAAUCCGCCAUGGGCAACUCAAUUUGCGACCACAGCUGUGUCCCAGCCAGGCCACUCGGGACAGUCUCUUGACCUCAACAGUUUGCACUCUCUUGGUGUGCAGCAGCCAUCUCUUCUGGGUGCAUCUCCUUCAGUUUAUUCUCAGCAGUCAGCCCUGGCUGCAGUGUCUCUCAGCAACCAGUCUGCUGCAAACUAUCAGCUGUCUCAGCAAACUGCUGCCUUGCAGCAGCAGGCUGCAGCUGCUGCUGCUGCAGCAUUACAGCAGUCUCAGAUCAAUACAGCCCUCCAGCAGUAUCAGCAACAGCAACAGCAGCAGCAACAACAGCAACAACAACAACAGCAGCAGCAGCAGCAACCUCCCCAGCAACCCCCCCAACAGCAGCUGUACAAUGUACCUCAUCAGCUCCCACAGCCUCAACAGGCCCUGAUUUCUCAGCCUCCGGUUGCCUUGCCCACCAGCUUAAGCCUGUCUAACCCCCAGCAAACUGCUCAGAUCACUGUAUCCUACCCAACACCACGCUCAAGCCACCAACAGCAGACUCAGCCACAGAAGCAGCGAGUCUUCACUGGAGUCGUGAACAAGCUACAUGACACAUUUGGCUUUGUGGACGAGGAUGUCUUCUUUCAGCUAAGUGCUGUGAAGGGGAAGACUCCUCAGGUGGGUGACAGAGUCCUGGUGGAAGCUGUGUACAACCCCAACAUGCCCUUCAAGUGGAACGCCCAGCGCAUCCAGACUUUACCUCAGCUAGCAAAUCAGUCGCAUCAGCAGCCUCAGCCUUUACCUCAGGCUUCGCCACAGCUGGGCAGCCUUUACAGUGAGCCAGGGAUGCAGCUGCGCUACUCAGACAUGCACUCCUCUGUGGACAACAGACAAAAUAGCCAACAACAACCUCCCAACAUGAUGAAGGCAGCCCCCAACAUGAUGCAGUCACUACCUCCCCCAAACGCAUUCAGUGUCCAGAGCCAGGCUCCACCUCCAUCUCUCCUGCAGGCCCAGCUUUCUGCUGCGUCUCUGGCCCCUCUCCUCCAAAACCCUCCCCAGCCUCUGCUACCACAGCCUCCACCCAAAGAUGUGUUCACCAGCGGUCUCCUUCAGCCGCCAGUAAGAAUGAUGCCUCAGCCACAGCCAGUCCGACGAAUUGAGCCUCCACCUCGCUUCCCCAGUCGCAACGAUAGAGGCCCUGAGCUCAUACUGAGGUCUAAAGAGGAACGCAGCAGAGACAGAGAUCGUGAACGUAGACGGUCACGAGAACGCUCCCCUACACGGAAACGUUCCAGAGAACGUUCUCCCAGACGUGAGCGCUCACCUCGGCGGCCCCGCAGAGUCGUACCUCGCUACACUGUCCAGUUUUCUAAGUUUAGCCUAGAUGGCUCCAGCUGUGACAUGAUGGAGCUGAGAAGGCGCUAUCAGAGCCUCUACAUUCCCAGUGACUUCUUCGAUGCAGUCUUCACGUGGGUGGAUGCCUUUCCCAUGACACGACCCUUCCAGUUUAGUAACGCCUGUAACUUCCACAUCCUGCACAAAGAAGUGGAUCCUCUAGUGAAGAAUACAGCUGUGCUGGACCCUCCUGAUGCCAACCACACCUACAGUGCUAAGGUGAUGUUACUGGCUAACCCCAGUAUAGAGGAGCUUUAUCACAAGUCCUGUGCUCUGGCAGAGGACGCCCAAGAACUCAAAGAUUCCUUCCAGCACCCUGCUAGACUCAUUAAGUUUUUGGUGGGAAUGAGAGGUAAAGAUGAGGCCAUGGCCAUCGGUGGCCACUGGUCUCCCUCUCUGGAUGGAGCCGAGCCAGAAAAGGAUCCCUCUGUCCUUAUAAAGACAGCCAUACGCUGUUGCAAGGCACUCACAGGCAUAGACCUUAGUCUGUGCACUCAGUGGUAUCGUUUUGCAGAGAUUCGCUAUCAUCGGCCGGAGGAGACACACAAGGGGCGGACAGUCCCUGCUCAUGUGGAGACAGUGGUUUUGUUUCUUCCGGAUGUUUGGCAUUGUCUUCCUACCCGCUCAGAGUGGGAGGUGCUGUCACGGCGACUACGGGAGCAGCUGGCUGAGAAGCUGUCGGCCGAGCGAAAGGAGGCGGAUGGAGAACAGGAGGAAGAGGAGAAAGAUGACGAUGAAUCGAAGGACGUCAGCACUCCCACUCACUGGGCUAAACUUGACCCGAAAUCAAUGAAGGUAAAUGACCUGCGCAAAGAGCUUGAUUGUCGCUCUCUAAGCUCUAAGGGGUUAAAAUCCCAGCUGAUCGCUCGCCUUACCAAGCAGCUGAAGGUGGAGGAGCAGGUGGAGGAGUCCAAGGAGCCCGAGAAGCCAGAGAUCAAAGUUGCUGAAGAGGAGGAACCAUCUCGUGUAGAAGAAGACAGAGAGGAAGAGGAAAAGAAAAGACAGGAGGAGCUUGAGCGCCAGAGGAGGGAAAGGCGCUACAUCCUCCCUGACGAGCCCACCAUCAUUGUUCAUCCCAACUGGGCUGCCAAAAACGGCAAAUUUGACUGCAGUGUUAUGUCCUUGAGUGUGCUGCUGGACUACAGGCUGGAAGACAACAAGGAGCAUUCAUUUGAGGUGUCUCUAUUUGCUGAGCUGUUCAACGAGAUGCUCCAGAGAGACUUUGGCUACCGUAUAUACAAAGCUUUUGCUGCGUAUCCUUCCAAAGACGACAAGAAGGAAAAGGAGAAGAAAGCCAAAAAGGAAGCCGAAAAGAAGGAAGCUGAAAAGCGUGAAAUAAAGAAGGAAAAAGAAGAAGAGAAUGAAGAACCAGCUGGGAAGAAGACCAAAGAGGAUGAGGAUGAAAAGAGAAAGAACGAUGACAAGACUUUGAAAAAAGAGGUGUCUCGAGAUGAAGAGGAGAACGAAGACGAAGGCAGCACAGCAAACGCUGAAGAGUACGACCCGAUGGAGGCAGAAGAUGCAGAGGAUGACGAGGAUGAGGACAAGGAUGAUGAAGACUCCAACGACCGAGAUCGGAAAGACCGCAAGGAUGACCGCAAGUCAUCAAAAGAGAGGUCCUCUAAAGACAAGGAGAAGAAGCAGAUGGUCACAUACAACAGGGAGCUGCUGAUGGCGUUUGUGUACUUUGACCAGAGCCACUGUGGCUACCUGAUGGAGAGAGACCUGGAGGAGAUCUUGUACACACUGGGACUCCACCUCUCUCGUGCUCAGAUCAAGAAGCUGCUGAAUAAACCUGUGAUCAGAGAGUCUUGUCACUACCGUAAACUGACAGACCGGGGGAAAGAUGAACCCAUUCCUACCUUUAAUGAAGCCCAGAUAGAAAUGCUCACAGGUAACCGCAGUCUACUUCCUGCUCAAAAAACCCGUACAAAGUUAGAGACCAGUGAGUCCAGUAAUCUGAUCGUGUAUAACGGAGCCUUGGUGGACAUCGGCAGCAUGCUGCAGAAACUAGAGAAGAGUGAAAAAGCACGAGAGGAGAUCGAACAGAAGCUUAUGGUGCAGGAUGCCAAAAUGGAGGAAGAUGCAAAGGCUAAAGCACAGUUAGAACAAGCCAACAAGUCCUUGUCCAGGGAGCUCCAAGAUGUGAAAAGCAGUCUGAGCCAAACUGAGGACACCCUGAAGAAUGUGGAGGACCAGAAGACAACCUACCACGACCACCUCAGCAGAACAUCCAACACCUUGAUGUCCACCGUCAAAGGGCUAAUGGCAUUGCUGAAAAAGGAUCAGGAUGUUGACGAGUCCGGUGAAGAGGACAUUCGGACAUCUCAGACAAACGGCGCUGAUGAAUGAGUGACACAUGUUAUAAAUGAAGCUAAUCUCUAACAGUGAUUAUCUUAAAUUGUAAAUAUUCACUAAAAAGCGUUUGGCUUUGUUUUAUUUGGACCUGAUGUUUCCUAGGUACAUGUUUAAAUUAAAAAUGAAUAAGUUCCCAUGUGUUCAUUUGACUUCAGGCUCUGUGUACAACAGUUGUUUUGUUUGUUUUUUUCAUUUUUUGAGGAAUUAAUUUUCUUACAUAGGAGAGUUUUAACUAUGACAAAGCUUUGAGAUGCUUAUUUUCAUAGUUUUGAGUGAGUUAUAUUCAGUUGCUCACUUUUUUUUUUUUUUUUUUGCUGAUGUAUUAGCUAAUUCAUGGCCAAAAAAACGCCUCAAUGUAGAUCUAAAGCCAGUAUUUUUGAGUUUAACUUUGUUUGAGAUUUUAGUUUUCUAAUGAGCAAUAAUGAUGCUAUUUAUGUGCAAGAGAAUGCAUUCAGAACUAUAUUUAAAAGAAACUAAUUUUGGAUUGAAAAGGGUUGGAAGGGGUUUGAUGUUCAGAAAUAAUUUCGUGCAAAUCGUCCUAAUCUGCAGUUUAAACAGCAGAUUGGUUGAUUAAUAAACACAUUGAGUUUGUAGAUCUGUUUUUGCUGAUUCGCCUGGUUCCCGCUGUUUUCUUUUCUUUUUGUUUUUUUGAUUUUUUUCAUAUGGCUAUGCAUGGAUCCUGCCUCUCUUGGACCUUUACGCUGUCUGCAUCUCCUGACUGUAUCCACCGACAGCUGCACCACCAUUUACAGUUUGUACGUUUACUGUGACAAGCAGCCGUCUAGUUUUCUGACAAAGAAAACCACACAUGAACCAAAAGAUAAGCUCAAUGAAUGUGUGAUCUGCAGAAGGAAUCCGUGCUGCAAAACAAUGAACAUUUUGAAAUCCAUCUCUAUACUGUUCGCAGUGGUUUGGGUUGUUUUAGACAAGAGGCACAAAUACAUUCAAAUGUGCUCUAAAGCAGGCAGUUUUAUUUUUCUAUUGGAAAUGUACUCUAUGGAUGUCUUGUGCAAGAGUAAAGUGGUCCAUUUUAACACUA